GUUUAACUAAUGCUUGGUCAAUAACAGACGAGUUCGAUCCACAAAGUUCUGAUUACUUACGAGCUCAAAUCUCAAUUACUAACUUAGAAAAUUAUCUACGAAGGAAAGAGAAAUUUCCUCUCGCUCGCCCGGCCCAUAUUUACUUGGAAAUUGCCCCUGCCAAGAAUUACUAUCUCCGGGUUUAUUACCAAGAGAAACGAGGUGAUAAACUUCGCCGUUAUCAGUCUUAUUUCACUU